AUGGAGCUGAGGGCCCCUGUUCUCCUGCUCCUCCUCAGGGGCCUCCUGCUGAGAGCUGAGGACUGGGCCACGGAGCACGACAAAGAGGAAUACGAUUACGAGCGAGACCCUUCGUUCUGGGACGCUCAGGCUCGUCACUCAUUGGACGCUGCGCUGAAGCUCCGCCCACUGCAGCAUCGAGCCAAAAACAUCAUUUUGUUCCUGGGAGACGGGAUGGGGGUGUCCACAGUGUCUGCAGCCAGGAUCCUGCGGGGGCAGAUGAAGGGCAGGUCUGGAGAGGAGACGGUUCUGUCCAUGGACACGUUCCCGUACGUGGCUCUGUCCAAGACCUACAGUGUGGAUAAGCAGGUAGCAGACAGUGCUAGCACCGCGACAGCAUAUCACUGCGGGGUCAAAGCUAACGCUAAGACCGUGGGCCUCAGUGCAAUGGCCGUGGCCUACGAGUGCAACACCACCUUCGGGAAUGAGGUCUACUCUGUGCUACGGCGAGCUAAAGCUAAAGGUAAAUCCGUGGGGAUUGUGACGACCACGCGGGUGCAGCAUGCGUCUCCUGCUGCUGCGUACGCACACUCUGUGAGCCGCAGCUGGUACAGCGACUCCGACCUGCCGCCCGCCGCGCGCCAACAGGGCUGCGUGGACAUCGCCACGCAGCUGGUCACCAACGUGGACAUAGACGUGAUUCUGGGAGGGGGGAGGAUGUACAUGACGCCCAAAGGGACCUUAGACCCGGAGUAUCCCACCUCCAACUCCCGCAAAGGAGACCGCAAAGACAAGAGAAACCUCAUCGACGUCUGGCUCAAAGCACAACCAAACAAGAGGUCUCAGUACGUCUGGCACCGGAAAGACUUUGAUGAAGUGGAUGUGAAGAAAACAGAUCGACUCAUGGGUUUGUUCGAGCCCAAAGACAUGAGGUUUGAAGUGUUCCGCAACAGCAGCAGAGAUCCGUCCAUCGUGGAGAUGACAGAAAAAGCCAUUCAGAUCCUGAGCAAAAACCCCAAAGGAUACUUUCUGUUUGUGGAAGGAGGGAGAAUCGACCACGGACACCAUGAUGGAAUCGCCAAACUGGCUCUGACUGAGGCCGUGGUGUUUGACGAGGCCAUAAACAGAGCGGGAGAGAUCACUGACCAAUCAGAGACGCUCACGGUGGUCACGGCCGACCACUCACACGUCUUCACCUUCGGAGGCAACACCCCUCGGGGGAAUCCUAUCUUUGGUCUGGCCCCGAAGAAAGCCGAGGACAAGAUGCCUUUCACCAGUAUCCUGUACGCCAACGGCCCGGGCUACGUUCACAUAAACGGAACCAGAGAAAACAUCACCAUGGUGGAUUACUAUGAUGAGGAGUACAUGCAGCAGGCGGCGGUGCCUCUGGACGCAGAGACCCACAGCGGAGAGGACGUGACCAUCUACGCUAAAGGCCCCAUGGCCCACCUCUUCCACGGAGUGAAGGAGCAGAACUACGUGGCUCAUGUCAUGGCCUUCGCUGCGUGUCUGGAGCCGUACGAGGCGUGUGCAGCUCACGUCUGCAGCCACAGCUCAGAAACACACACACACAGCAGGGUUGGGAUGUGGGUCAGGGGACUGGUGGUCUGCAUCACCUGGGUGUGGCUGCUUAGAUGA